AUGGCGGAGAGCGUGAUCCCGGGACUGGACGGCGAUCUACCGCCGAACAGGGGCCACCUGCCGGACUCACUACAGGUGAAGGCGAGUAACGGAGUGACCGUGGGCUAUAGUAGCCAGCAGGCGCGCCAGGGAAAGCUUGCAGACCCGUCAUACAAGUUAGGAACACGAGCUUUACGUAAGGUUAUAUCACCACAGCAGACGAAUUUCGGAGCUCCUGGGCAGCCGAUGCCUUCUGGGGAGGGGAGACAGGAUGGGGGAGAGGCUGGUCCACCCUCAUCUGGCCCGGUGGGUGCAUGCAGUGGACAGGGAGUUUUCCAGAUAGUCGACAGUGCACAUGGGGCAGGGCAGUAUCCCCAGAGCAGCAACUAUGACUAUCAGUAUGCACAACAGCAACAGCAAUCGCAGAAUCAACAGCAGCAAGUGUCAAACGAGUCGUCGAGUGCUCCUCCCUCUUCACUCCCUCCCAAUCCCUCCUCCACAUCCUCACAAGCCGCACAACACAUGCACACCUCCUCUGCAUCCGCUAACAACAGUACAGAGUUCAAAUCUUCUUCCUCGUCGGGCCAACCUAAGAGAUUACAUGUCAGCAACGUUCCGUUCCGGUUCCGGGAACCAGACUUGCGCCAGCUGUUUUUUGGUUACGGUGAGAUAAUGGAUGCCGAGAUUAUAUUCAAUGACAGGGGUUCGAAAGGUUUUGGAUUUGUCACGUUUGCCAACGGAGAUUGUGCACUAAAAGCCAGGGACGAGCUCAACGGACGAGUGAUAGAUGGGAGGAAAAUUGAAAUUAAUGAGGCCACGCCAAAGACAUCAUCGAGAAGUGGAGGGGGAGGUGGGGGGAGGGGGAGGCGGAGGAGGGGGGAAUUGGAGAGGCGGCGGAGGAGGUGGAGGGGGGUGGGGGUCGUUCUUACUCCAGGGGAGGGGGUGGGUAUGGAGGCUACCAGUCUUAUGGUUACAGUGGGUACCAGGGAGGAAGAGGAGGAGGGUAUGGAGGAAGAGGUGGCUACCAACCUCAACCUUACAGUUACAAUCAGGGAAACUAUCAGACUUAUGGCUACGACUAUCACCAACCUCCUCUGCCCCCUCCCCAACAACAGGGUCAGUGGAACCAAGGUGGAGGGUAUGGCUACCAAGGGGGAAACUAUGGACCGGGAAACCAACAGCACCACACGCCUCCCCCUCCUCCCCAUCAACAUUAUAGAGGUCAAUCCCACGACUAUCGCUCAGGAAACCGCCGCCGCCAUGAAGUCGAUACUAUUUCUCGUCGCCACCAUCGCUCUGGUGUGUGCAGAGGGUCAGGAUGUGAGCGUGAUUCUGGCGGAUGGGCCUUCCCAGACAAAAGGGCGUGUCGAGAUCACGGUGGGCGACAGCGCACCUCGGCAAGUCUGCUCCACCGACUUCGAGUCUGACGACACGGACGCCCUCUGCGAGGCCGCGGGCUUCUCCGACUCCGAGGCCUCCACCACGGCCUACGGAACCAAGGGAGGACUGGAGUUCGUAAAGGUGGGGUGCUCGGACGGGACCUGCACGUACACGGACGAGCCCCGCGGCUACACCUGCACCGGGGCAGCGCUGGGACUGGAUUGCUCGCCGAAGCUGGGCGUUACUGGCUCAAUUGGGCUGGAGGCCGGUGUCAUUGCGGGGAUCCUAGUCACCUUGGUGGCUGUAAUCGCCAUUGUGCUCGGGCUCUCCGUGUGUCUCUACAGGAACGACCUCAUCCCGUGUCUGCAGAACACCGCAACCUCUUCCUAG